AUGUUUGGCUGGGGAUCUGGGCUGGCCUUACCCUCCACCACUUCAGAGCCAGAGAAGGAACGAAAACCACCUGCUCACCCGAUAUCCCUCGAUUUCCCCGUACACAACCUAUCCAAUGCCCUCGAUAAUGAGUCCGAGUCAAGACUUAAGGAGAUGCCGGGUCUCCUGGCCGACAUCAAACGCCCGCAGGACAUCUCCUUGGAGCGCUUCAAACCCUUGAACAUCCAAUACGACAUGGACAUUGAAGUCGCCCGCAUGAUUCCCGAAGACCCCUCGUACCCCAGUCCUCCCGUGCCAUGGAAAGACAUCGCCGAGCCAACGGACGACAAUCCCCGACCGUUGAUGAGCAGCGGGGCCCCAUAUCCUACGAAGGAACGAUAUGAAGUCUUAGAAAAGGAGCUGUCGCUGGACAAUGACGACGCCUUUCGCGAAGUGUCUCGAUUGCCGCCAUGCGAGGGCCGGAGUCGGGUUCGUAUAACGCAGUCGAGAAAGUUCUGGACGGGGUUAGAGCGCAUGGCUCAAUACUGGGAUACCAGCCUAGACAAUUAUUUCGAGCGUCCAGCAACCCCCGAGCCGACACCCCCGUCAGAGAUAGAGCUGUCGGAUGAUCGCAAAAUGCAAUUGGAUGCGGAGUCUAAGAGCGGAUCCGAACUGGCAGAUGCGAUGGAGCUCGAUGAAGCGCAGGCGUCCGCGGCUCUGAACAAUGGCACUGUUGACGAGGAGAAACGGCCAGUUGUUGCCAGGUACACGGGUCGUCGAGUCGGGAAUGGAGCCGAAAUGCCGGAUGACAUCCGUGACGAGACAAUCCGGGCACUCGUGGAGAUGGCGGCAUGGCCAUUUGGAUGCCAAGUCACCGCUCCUACGCUUCCGCCACGGCUCACGGCCAAGAACCUCCUCUUUCCCGUCCGGCAAACUUUCCAGUCUUCCCGGUCUCCGCGAGACCGCCAGCUCGCGCGGAGCGGCAUGCUCGAAGGCCCCGUUCUCAUCGCGCAGUGUCGCCCCGAGACAUCUUUCCGCGCCCCGGGUGAUACCCCGGGGACGGGAAUUGGUGAGAUAAGUGAUCUGUACCGCGAGGUGGGCGGCAUGCUGCUCGCCGCACAAGAGCGUGCCCGUGAAGGCGCAACCGAGCAGCGACCUGGCGAGGGCAAAUGGUGGACCAUGGCGCCUCGCUUCGGAGGGGCUUCCAACGACGGGAUCCUGGAUGAUCUUGUUCACAAUGGACACGGGAUGUCCUUGCCAGAUUCGAUGAUGGAAGAAGUUAGAUCAUCUGCCCGGGAGGCGGAGAGCGCCAACAAGCGUCACAAGUUUGAACAUCCAUUUGUCACAUCUCUCGCGCGAAGACCAAGUGCUAUGCGGAGACUCACCAGCACUGAGAAGUGGAAGAUCCUGCAGCCUGGGCCCAGUCUUUGGGAUAAACGAAUGAGUUAUUUGCAGAUAGGCAAGGUCCAGGAGAGCCCUUUUGAUGAUAUUUACAUGAUCUCAUCUAUCAACCAUCACAUCUCCAUCCUGCACCUCCGCGUUCACCGACGGUACCUGGACAUUCUCACUCACGGCGACAGCACUUUCCCUGCAACCGAAGACCAGCCAUGGCAUGUACUUCAGCUGGAAAGGACUAGGUGGUUCGACCUCUUUGAUGCCAAAGACCGCAUCGAAGCACUCCGGGGAGUCUGGCAACUGUUCCACCACCAGCUAAGACAGACACGACGUGAAGCUGACCUUCCAGUGCCGUCAGAGUUACCGAUAGAGCAUCCAUUGUAG